CCGGUGUACGUUUCACAUGGACAUCUUUUCCCAUUUUAUUGAGCCCACCUCCCGAGCACAACUCCUGCCCUCCCAUCUCCGUUCUUCGACGAGCCAAUGCCUCCGGCCGCCAGAUUUCUCACGACGUCAGCCCCGCCGCCGGAGACGCACACCAACGUGGUGGUGAUCCUUGCCGCGCUGCUCUGCGCCGCGGUCAGCGCCGUGGGUCUCGCCCUCGUUGCGCGCUGCUGUGCCUGUCCCUGGCGCUCCCUCGGCGGUGGAGGCCCACGGGCGCCACCUGACAAGGGCCUCAAGAGGACGGCCCUGCGGCAGCUGCCCAAGGUCUCGUACGGCGGCGCCGGCGGCGGAGAGGGGCCGGCGGAGUGCCCGAUCUGCCUGGCGGAGUUCGAGGAGGGCGAGCAGCUCCGGGUGCUGCCGCAGUGCGGGCACGGGUUCCACGCCGGGUGUGUCGACGCAUGGCUCGGUUCCCACUCCAGUUGUCCGUCGUGCCGACGGGUGCUCGUCGUCGCCGCGCCGCCCUCCCUGUUCCAGGGGUGCCGCGAGGGAUCCGUCGAAGCUGCGGCGCCCGUGUCGGUCUCCGCGGCGGGGCGCGGAGGCGAGGGAGGACGGUGACGCCCACAGGUUCCUCCCUCAAAAGUGGCAUCUUUAGCUCCCUCUUUUCUACGCAUCUUCAUCAGACCAAACCAAAAUUCUAUUCUCUUAUAGUAGUUGUCCUCAACAACUGUAAGACAGCUGAUGGACACUGGUCAUCCCCCUAACCCAAACAGACACUUCUACGGGACAUAUUUCUUGUUGGAUUUACCCAAAGAUUACGGUAGUUUGGUGGGAUUAGUUAAAGGGCAGCACAAAGUGUUAAAAGAUGUUGUCGUCUCCACCACCCAACACACAGUGAGCCAUCAGCAACAGUUGGUUCAGCUGCGACUCUCUGCCUUCACUGGAGAAUGGCUAACAACUCCAUCUUUGAAACUUGAUUCUGUUACAUCCACUGCUUAGGAUCUUUCCAUCUUUUAUCAGAUCACAUACCUCUUUCUGUCCAAAGGCGUUGGAAAGUGCUGCUGAUGUAUGCUGUCAAGAUGACUAGUUACCGUAGCAGUAGUGCUGGGGAAGUAUAUGACAGUUGAAGGUUUUACCCUACUAAUAUAGUUCGUAACACAUUAGUGAUUGUAUA